CACGCCCCAGUGGUCAAGGUUGGUUGAGAAGGCGUCAGUGUGUUUAGUUUGUGCAGUCGAACCUGGAGCAGUGACAGAUGAAUUGUCGAAAAUAGAGAAAAAGGGAACGCGGGCAACUCUCCCGUGCACACAAAAAAACAUGUUUCCUAAAGGCAAGAGCUCCGUCGUGCCAUCGGAUGGUCAAGCUCGGGAAAAGUUAGCUUUGUACGUGUAUGAGUAUUUAUUACACAUUGGUGCUCAGAAGUCAGCGCAGACUUUCCUGUCAGAAAUCCGAUGGGAAAAGAACAUCACGCUGGGAGACCCUCCUGGGUUCCUGCAUUCCUGGUGGUGUGUCUUUUGGGACCUCUACUGUGCAGCUCCUGAGAGGAGAGACACAUGUGAACAUUCAAGCGAGGCCAAGGCUUUCCAUGACUAUAGUGCCGCAGCAGCCCCCAGUCCUGUUCUUGGGAACAUGCCACCAGGAGAUGGCAUGCCUGGUGGACCCAUGCCCCCUGGAUUCUUCCAGGGCCCUCCCGGCUCCCAGGCCUCCCCUCACGCUCCUCCUCCCCCUAACAGCAUGAUGGGACCCCACGGCCAGCCUUUCAUGUCACCUCGCUUUGGUGGGGGACCACGACCCCCCAUCAGAAUGGGCAACCAGCCCCCAGGUGGCGUUCCAGCCGCCCAGCCAAUGCUCCCAAACAUGGAUCCCAGACUACAGGGGCCGAUGCAGAGGAUGAAUGUUCCUAGAGGAAUGGGUCCCAUGGGCCCCGGCCCCCAGAGUUUUGGAGGAGGGAUGAGACCCCCACACAAUUCAAUGGGCCCUGGCAUGCCUGGAGUGAACAUGGGCCCUGGAAAUGGCAGACCACCAUGGCCAAAUCCAAAUGCCAACAAUAUGCCAUAUUCAUCACCCUCUCCUGGUGCUUAUGGGGGUCCACAAGGAGGGGGGCCUCCAGGAACACCUGGAAUUGUUCCUAGUCCAGCAGACUCCAACAACUCCAGUGAAAACCUGUACACCAUGAUCAACUCAGGAGGUGGAGGCCGCAACAGUUUUCCCAUCGGCCCAGGCUCUGAGGGCCCCUUAGGGGCCAUGGCAGGAAUGGACCCGAUGCAUAUGAAUGGAGGUUCAGGAGACCUGGAUGGACUUCCAAAAAAUUCUCCUAACAACAUGAGUGGCAUGAGCAAUCCACCCGGGACUCCUAGAGAUGAAGAUGUAGGAGGCAGCUACCUUCACUCCUUCCAGAAUGAGAAUUACUCUCCUUCCAUGACCAUGAGCGUCUGAUGCCAGUCUGUUUGCUCCAUUCUGGAAACUCACAGUUGGCCAUCGAUGACAUAGACAGAGUACAUGUACAGGAAAUGGAAUUGGGUGGGACUGCCCUGCGUCCUCACAAGUGGUCUCAUGCAAUAUCAAAAUGAUUUUUGUUGUUCCUUUUUUUUUAAAUGGCUAGCAAACGUUUUCUCCUCUCUCAGAUCGGAAGAUCUAGUGUGACUCAGUGCUCCUGGAUUUUUAGUUUUCUUGUUCCCCUCAGAGGCCAUCUCUCAUCAAGAAGAAAAGUAUGAUUACUGCUGACAUAAUCGCUGGAUGUGUGUACAUUUGGUGGCGAAGAGGAAUAAUCGCAGUUUGCUCUCUCUGGAAAUCCGACAUACAUGUCAAACUUCAGCAUGGUUUACACGUACGAAACUUCCUCCGACUUUUUGACACUGAACUCUCAUACGUGGCCUUGAAUUCUGUGAAUAUUUUAUUGCCUUUCGAUGACCUGUUUUUAUUUUUCUCCAGUGAAAUGCGUCAAGUGGUGAGAGAACUCUGUAUUUUCUGAACGGGGAAAGACUCGCAGUUGUAUUUUACUCGUACACUGUCAUUUUUGUCUUCAAGCAUUAUAAGCAGCUGCUUUUAAGGAAUAACUGCAUUGACGGGUCCCGUCGUGAAGAUGACUUUUUUUUCGAUUUCUGCACUGAUUUCAUGUUCUCUUAUUUUUCUGAAAUUUAACUGCUGUCUCAAUCUUUGGUUAAAGACUGAAUGAUUCGCUGAUCCUCUCAGAUGCUGACCCUGACAAACAUACUACCUAUGAGACCUUCUCAGAGCUCCUCAGGCGGGUGACUGGAUUAUGCGUCUGUUUGGGUCUCCCUGCAAAAAGUUUGGCCAUUGUUGGGUUUGAUUGACAUGAUGAAUUUGUGAUGGUUAAAGAUUCCCAUAUCAUGUUUUUAUUUUUUU